AUGAUGCGCGCUACAAAAUCUCAAGCUCAACAAAGAAGACAAUUGGAAAAUUUCGAAUUUUCUCAAUUGGCAAAAGAACUUCCAUUAGCACGAGCUAUUUCUGAUCAACAUAUUGAUAAAACAACAAUGGUUAGAUUGGCAACUUCUUAUAUCAAAUUACACGAAAUAUUCACAUCACCAAAUAAAGGAUAUUAUUGUCAUGAUUCUUAUUGGACUUCAAAUCAUUUGGAACUUCUUGAUGGUUUUUUUAUAAUUAUUGAUCGACGUGGCGAUGUUUUAUAUAUUUCCGAAACAAUUUCAAUUUAUUUAGGAUUAUCACAAGUUGAAAUGACUGGAAAUCCAUUUAUUGAUUAUAUUCAUCAACAAGAUAUUGAAUGUUUUACAUCAGCUGUUAAUUAUUGUCAUCCAAAUUGGCCACAAAUGUGUAAUUUACGAGUUAAGUCAAGUUUAACAAAAAGAGCAAAUAAGGAUGCAAUUCGAGCAUCUCCUGGAUAUAAAGUUUUGAAAAUUGAAAUAACAAUGGGAGAAACAUGUUCAACUCGUCUAAUUUCUUGUUAUCCAAUGCCUACACCAAUUCUAUCAACUUUAUCAAUUUCAUCUCAAAGUUUUGUGAUAAUAACUGGCUUGGAUUUAUGUAUUUCAUAUGCAGAUGAUAAAGCAAUUCAAAUGUUACAAUCAAUUUAUGCUUCAAAUAAUUUGAAAGGUGUUUCGUUUUAUUCAAUUAUCGAUAUUAUGGAUUCUGAAAUUAUUCGGAAAAAUGCAUUAUGA